AUGAUCGCCAGGACCACCCUGCGCGUCAUGUUCAAGCAGCGCUUGAAGGAGGCCAUCAAGCAGGCCGAGGACGAAGGCAGUAAAUUGAUCCUCUUCAUCGACGAGAUGCACAUGCUCAUUGGCGCAGGCGAUCGAAGCGGCACCGCGGACACCGCCAACAUCCUCAAGCCGGCGUUGACCCGUGGUCGCCUCUGCUGCAUUGGUGCUACCACCUCUCAGGAGUAUUACAGGUACAUUGAGCAGGAUGUGGCGUUCGAGCGGCGGUUCCAAAAGGUUGAAAUCGGGGAGCCGAGCUUGCAAACGACCAUUGCCAUCCUGCGGGGGCUGAAGCAGAAGUACCAAGAGCACCAUGGCGUGGAAAUCGACGACGAGGCUCUUGUUGCCGCUGUAGAGCUUGCUGCCCGUUAUAUUACCGGUCGCAUAUUUCCUGAUAAAGCAAUUGAUCUCAUGGACGAGGCGUGCACUGCGGUAAAGUUGCGUGUAAGCAAACAAAGAGAAAUAAAUGCACCGGGGGAGAUACUGAUUGUGAGCCGGUCGACUGGAAUUCCUAUCACUACACUUGAUCAAGAGGAGGAAAAACUGACUUGUCUAAUAGAUAGACUUCAUGAGCGAGUAGUUGGACAGAAUGAAGCACUUAGUUUGGUUGCACAAGCAGUGCUACGUUCUAGGGUCGGCAUUGAUAAAGCAGGUCAACCGAUAUGUUCUUUCCUCUUUUUGGGCUCGAUUGGUGUUGGAAAGACAGAACUUGCUAAAGCUCUUGCCGAGAAGCUAUUUAGUAAUGAGAAAAUGUUAGUUCAUUUUGACAUGUCUGAAUAUGCUGAGAGUGGAUCUUUGUCGCGUCUCAUUGGAGGACCUCGAAGCUAUGAAGAAGAGGGACAACUCACUGAGAUUGUCAGGCGCCGGCCAUAUAGUGUUAUCCUUUUUGACGAGGUGGAUAAGGCAAACCCCUCAAUACUCAAGGUUUUUGUUCAACUCCUCAAUGAUGGUAUGUUGGUUGAUGGCAAAGGACGAGAUGUAGAUUUCAAGAAUACAAUCAUUAUUAUAAGCUCAAAUCUAGGAUCAGAGCACCUAUCAGCUGAAGUGGCGAUGGAAAAUGCACGUGAUCUUCUCAUGAAAGAGAUUGAGAAAUGCUUCAAGCCUGAUCUUAUCAACAGAUUAAGCGAGAUUGCGAUAUUUGAGCCGCUUUCACACAACAAAUUGAGGGAAAUUGUGAACAUUCAAAUGAAGAGUAUUGUUGCCAUGAUGGCAAAUAAAUGUGUUUCUCUAUCUGUGACAGAUGCCGCCAUGGAAGUCAUUUUGUCGGAAUCACACGAUAUGGUGCACGGUGCGAGGAAUAUAAAGAUGUGGGUACGAAAGCAUGUGAUGAUAAUUCUUUCAAAUAUGUUAGUUAAUAGAGAAGCAUGUAAAGGCUCAACGAUCUCCAUAGAUGCCAGUGACGAU